AUGCAGGAUGCCAGCCAGGUGCUGGGGCUGGUGGGAGCGCAGGGACGCGUGAUCUGCAUCGCACCCUCGCCCCCCGCCGGCCCUCGCCCGCGGCGGUUGUCCGAUGAGAUCGACAAACUGAGGCUGGAGGUCGAUCAGCUCAAGACCAGAAGCGGGACAUUCGUGGAGAGUGUGCACGCGAGGUCCCAUAUGGGCAGCGCCACGGACCUGCGCUUCCCACUGAGCGCCGUGGUCCAUGCCCCCACCGAGCCCUUCGGGACAGCCCCGGGCCUGCCUCGGGCGCAGAAGGGCCGAUUCGCCGCCCGGCGAGAGGAGCCAGCCAAGGACUGGGAGCAGACCCAGGCAGGCAGUGUCCUGGCCACGGGGCCUCACGCCUUUGACAGCGACCCCGAGAUCUCUGACGUGGACGAGGAUGAUCGCGAGACACUCUUCAGCUCUAUGGACGUGCUCUCUCCUGGUGGGCACUCGGAUGCCCAGACGUUGGCCAUGAUGCUCCAGGAGCAGCUGGAUGCCAUCAACGAGGAGAUCAGGAUGAUCCAAGAGGAGAAGGAGUCCACCGAGCUCCGCGCGGAAGAGCUGGAGACCCGCGUCACGAGUGGCAGCAUGGAGGGCCUCAACCUCACCCAGCUCUGCAAAAGGGCUUCCAUCCCCACCUCGCUGACGGCCCUGUCCCUGGCCAGCUCAUCCCCCCCGCUCAGCGGCCGCUCCACCCCGAAGCUCUCCUCCCGCAGCGCCGCGCAGGACCUGGACCGCAUGGGGAUCAUGACGUUGCCCAGCGACUUGAGGAAGCACCGGCGGAAACUGCUAUCGCCCGCAGCUCGGGAUGAAAGCCGAGAAGAUAAAACCACCAUCAAAUGCGAGACGUCCCCCCCAUCCUCACCCAGGACGUUGCGGCUGGAGAAGCUGGGCCACCCCGCGUUAAGUCAGGAGGAUGGGAAGAGCUCGCUGGAGGAGCAGGCCAGCAACCCCAGCAGCAACAGCAGCCAGGACUCCCUGCACAAGGGCUCCAAGAGGAAGGGGAUCAAAUCCUCCAUCGGGCGCUUGUUCGGGAAAAAAGAGAAGGGUCGCUUGAUUCAGCUGAGCAGAGAAGGGGCCACGGGGCAGGUGCUGCUGACUGACGUGGAGGUGGGCAUGCAGGACACCCUGGGACUUGGCAAGCUGGGUGCUCAGGCUGAGAAGGAUCGGCGUCUGCGGAAGAAGCAUGAACUCCUGGAAGAGGCUCGGAGGAAAGGAUUGCCCUUUGCUCACUGGGAUGGCCCCACCGUUGUCUCCUGGCUGGAGCUCUGGGUGGGGAUGCCGGCCUGGUUCGCUUGCCGAGCCAAUGUGAAGAGCGGAGCCAUCAUGUCAGCCCUGUCUGACACCGAGAUCCAGAGAGAGAUCGGCAUCAGCAAUGCGCUGCAUCGCCUGAAGCUGCGUCUGGCCAUCCAGGAGAUGGUCUCACUCACAAGCCCCUCGGCACCACCCACCUCCCGGACGUCUUCCGGAAACGUCUGGGUCACUCACGAGGAGAUGGAGAACAUGGCAACUUCCACCAAGACGGACACAGAGGAAGGCAGCUGGGCACAGACACUGGCGUAUGGGGACAUGAACCACGAGUGGAUUGGGAACGAGUGGCUGCCCAGCUUGGGUCUCCCGCAGUAUCGCAGCUACUUCAUGGAGUGUCUUGUUGAUGCACGGAUGCUGGACCACCUCACCAAGAAAGAUCUCAGAGUGCACUUGAAGAUGGUGGACAGCUUCCACCGCACCAGCCUGCAGUAUGGCAUCAUGUGCCUGAAGAGGCUCAACUACGACCGCAAAGAGCUCGAGAGGAGGCGAGAAGAGACCCAACAUGAAAUCAAAGACGUGUUGGUGUGGACCAACGACCAGGUCAUUCACUGGAUCCAGUCCAUCGGGCUUCGCGAGUACGCAAACAACCUCGUCGAGAGCGGGGUGCACGGGGCGCUCCUGGCCCUCGAUGAAAACUUCGACCACAACAGUCUGGCGCUCGUGUUGCAAAUCCCCACGCAGAACACGCAGGCUCGACAGGUGCUAGAGAGGGAGUUCAACAACCUGCUCGCCUUGGGCACGGAUCGGAGGCUGGACGAUGGUGAUGACAAGACCUUCCGUCGAACCCCAUCCUGGCGAAAACGCUUCCGCCCACGAGACGUUCACAGCAUCAACAUUACGCUGCCCGCCGGCUUCCGCGUCACCAGCCUGGUGCCCCUGCCCCCUCCGUCUGCCCCUGCCAAGAAAAUGCCCCCGGAAGUUGGUGCCUCUGGGUCGCCAAGGCUGGAGACCUCCACGGUCCGGACGUACUCCUGCUGA